AAAGCUGCCGAUGAUGACGAUCCGGAUCCAGACGUUGGUGAGGACAGUGCUGCAGGAGAUGAUGAUGGUGAGUCAGAGAAACUUUGCUUACUUGCUUCUACGUUUCUUCUUCUUAUGGCUCCUCAGUGCCCAAUUUUCCCGUCGGAACAUCAUACCGAAAGGUCAAGGGAAAAUACUACAUUUUCGAGGAGGAUGAAUUAAUGACAGAAGAUGACCCCAAAGGAGAUACAAAAAUUGAUAAAUUGGGGAAUCUUUUAGGAGGCAUGCUCCUUUGUCGCAUUUUCAAAGCACCAGCAUUCAAGAGCCCAUGGCGGUCAAAUCCCGAGAAACAGUACAUGCUGUCUAUCGACGCUGCCCGAACUUCUGGCUUCCGGGAUUCAUUGUACUACUUCAGACGGAAUCCGACUGUUGUAAAACUCACCCUCUCCCAAGCCGAAAAAGAGCAUCUCAUUUCUCUUGGACGUUUGUCCAACAACCUCAAGUCCAGAAGUGUCACUAUGAUAGCUGUGCGAAGUGCAUUCAAAGUGCAUGGAUCAAAAAUGAUUAAGGGCGAGUAUGUAUCCCUUACCUGCGAUGGACGCUGGGUUACUGACGACUACUACGAGGAUGCUGCACGAGAGGACUGCACUGCCAAAGGCAUCACUCCCGGGGAUCCGGUUGGCGACCUGCCAGACCCUAACCUUUACCCAAUGGGCGACAUCAACCAACCUAUUCGCACACAUGCACAACAGUUCGCACAAGGUGCAGCGAAUGCCAACACUCAAAACGCGUACGGCUCAACUGGUGUAUAUCGCACUGGUGGCCCGACAACACACUUCGGAGGGGCUGGUCUUGGACCUUUUGAUGAUCGAUAUUAUUUGAGCCUCUCCGCUAACACGAGUAUGGUGGGGGCGUCCACUUCGGGGCUGGGUACGACUGGGGGCGCCGCCAGGAGAUCCACUCUCCUGCGUGAAGGAGUGGGUGAGGAGAACUGGAUUUGGAAGGUGGCACUUAUGGUACACGAGUCCAAUGAUCAAUACGGCGCUCUUCGACGUUCGCGUCUUCGGGGGGCUGCCCUGAGUUUAGAUCCUCCACCCCAGAGGGAAGAUUCCUUUGGCGAAGCACAGCUUGCGGUCGUGGACGGUGGAUUGGAGGAGACAAUUCAAGCAGCUCGGGAGAUUGAUCAUUUUGGGGAAACUGAAAUGGUGGAUGCUGAUCCACAGAUCGUUCAACAUCUUGCGAGGAAACGUCAACGACUUGACGGGGAGAACGUUGGGCUUGGGAUGUACGAGCCUCAUACCGACAUGUUCCUAUACCGUGCAGAUACGCAGCCCACAAAAGCUCGAAUGGAGCAAGUAAUAGGGGAACCAUCAAUAUUAGGUGGAAGGCGUGUUGGUGGGCUUGCAUGGGGAGUACUGAAAGUUGAUGCAGUGAUGGAAACUCCGACGUGA